AUAAUUAAAUAUUUUUAUUAGGGGAAGAAGAACGAUGUGUGUCAUUAUGUUGGCGUACUGCACGUGGAGCUAUCAUAGGACAGGCGGGUGGUUGGCAUCGGCCACGGACGUCGUACGGUAUUUCAAUGCUGGAGUUCCCACCGGGUCAUUCACAUUGGCGAAACGGCUGCCCUUUCGUUAGGUCAAUGGCACCACUUCCAAUCGAAAGUCAAGAUCUAGGUGCUUUAUACUAUCGAAACUAUUUCUACAACCAACCGCACCAGAACUGGUUCGGAAUGGAUGACAUCCUCGGACCAGUAGCAGUUUCCAUAAAGAAAGAACGUGUUGAAUUACGACGUGGCAACACAGACGCAUCGACGCCCCUAUCCCAACUCGUAUGGCAAUACCGCCUACUCAUACGGACUUCCGAAUUGCUCACCUUACGCGGAUCCAUACUCGAAGAUGCUUUAAUAAAUAUUAAACAAACAAACAGCGCUUCUUAUAACACAAAAGAAGUUUUGGAAUAUGUUGCGCCGGAGUUACAACUUAACUGCCUAAGACUGGGGAUCUCAAACAGAGGUGCAGAAGAGCAACUAUUACGAUUAGACGAACAAUGCGUAACACGACAUUAUAAAGUAGGAGUUAUGUACUGCAAAAGUGGCCAAUCAACUGAAGAAGAAAUGUAUAACAACCAGGAAGCUGGCCCAGCAUUUGUUGAAUUCCUUCAAAUGUUGGGGCAAACCGUUAGAUUGAAAGAUUUCGACAAGUACAAGGCUGGCUUAGACAAUAAAACUGAUUCGACCGGGCUGUAUUCUGUGUUCAGUACUUAUCAAAGCUGCGACAUUAUGUUUCACGUGUCAACGAUGCUUCCCUACACACCGAAUAACAGACAGCAACUGUUAAGAAAACGACAUAUCGGAAACGAUAUCGUAACUAUAGUAUUUCAGGAGCCCGGCGCCGCCCCGUUCACUCCGCGCAAUAUUCGUUCACAGUUUCAACAUGUCUUUAUAGUUGUCCGAGCAAUAGAUCCAUGUACGGACCACACUCACUACAGUAUAGCUGUUAGUCGUGCUAAAGAAGUGCCUUUAUUUGGCCCCCCGAUAAAAGACGGUGCUGUUUAUCCCAAAGGAGAAGCCUUUACCGAUUUGCUUUUAAGUAAGGUAAUAAAUGGCGAAAAUGCUGCAAUACAAUCACCAAAGUUUAGUACAAUGGCAACACGUACUCGCCAAGAGUAUCUAAAAGACCUUGCGAAGAAUUACAUCACAGCUACCACAGUUGAAACCGGUCAAAAGUUUUCAUUAUUCUCAUCAUUGCUAAUGAAAAGUGGAAGUAAUUCCGCGAACAGCACGAUGGUAGCUCGCGUGGAUAACUGUACUAACGACGUUCUGGUGGGCGGUGCGCUUUGCUUUCAUGUUCAUGUGCAAGAUGAAGGUGCUGGUGGAACAUUAGUAGAAUGUAUAAUGGGAAUUUCGGCUGAUACUAUAGUGUUUGUUGAAGAUUUAAAUCGACAAAUUAUCCUAGUUUUGCCAACUGCUUCGCUGCUUGGUUGGGUGGUGAGCAGCGGCUGGGUCCGCGUGUACUACCACCGCGGUGAGAGCGUGCGCGUGCAGGGCUGCUCCGACCCGCUGCUGCGGAGACUGGCCAGCGUCGCGCCGCCGCACGCGCAUGCGCUCUCCGAGAUCACGCUGGAGAGGGGAGCCGCUGCACAACUUGGUUUCCAUGUCCAACCAGAUGGCUUAGUGACGGCAGUCGAAGGCGGAGGGUGUGCAGAUAGAGCUGGCAUACGUCGCGGCGCCCGGCUGCUGGAGGUGUGCCGCGCCGCUGUUGUAGCGCUCAACCAUGAUCAACUCGUAGAUCUGCUCAAAACAUCUGACCCGGUCACUGUGCGAGUAACGUUCGCGUCGGGUCUGAAGUGUCAGUGCGAGACCGGCGGCGAGGAGUGGGCGGCGCAGGCGCGGGCCGACGCGCAGCAGCCGGCGCGCGGCCGCCGGGCCUACGAGCGCGGCCACUCGCCGCCCAGAUCCGACAGUUCCGGAUACGGCACAGGAGGAUCGGGUCGCAGCGGUCGACGGUCGCCGGACGGUGUGCGGCGCCGCUCGCACGAUGACUCGUCGCCGCGUCACUCUCGACAGAAACGGUCCUCCGCCAAUACCAGCUCGCUUACGGAGGAACUGAUGCGGCUGAUGGACGCGGAGCUGGGGCCGGGGCGCCUGGAGAGCAGCACGGCGCCGCUCCCGCUGCCCGACGCCACCGCGCUCGACUGGGCCGCGCUCGUGCACACCGCCACGCGCGCCAUGCUGCAGAUCUGCGAAGAACAUCAAUAUCCAUCAAUAGAUAAUACUGAUCCUGCUUUGGAAGCUCUCAGCACGGAACCUAUAAACGAUUCCUGGUCUGACGUCACACAAGUGAGUCCGCAGCCGACGGCGAGUGCGGGCGCGGGCACGCCGAGUGCGUGCGCGUGUGCGUGCGGGCUGGCGUCGCGCGUGGCGGCGCUGGAGGCGGACCACGCCGCCGCGCAACGCCACCGCCACCAGCUCGAGGACGAGGUACGUCGUCUCCGUCGGCACAACGCGAGACUGCGCGAGGAGUCUGCUCGGGCCGUGCUGCAACUGCGCCACUUCACGCAAUGGCUGAAGAGGACAGUCGACAGACAAUAACCCAUACAUCGAAUCCUGGACAAGGGAUUGCAUCUCAUAAGCAAAAGGUUCGUUUAAUCUAUCAAUAUGUUUAAGGAAACGUACUGAAAAUUUAAUUUUACAUUGCAGUAAACUCAACCCAAUUUCAGUAAAAAAACCGUUAUUUUUUAACUCAAACAACAACAAAAACAAAAUAGCAAACAUGUAAAAUUUAAGAGUAAUUUUUGAAGUGAAACUUCUUUAGGUGCGUUGAGAGUAAAAUUUAACUCGCGACAGAUUCGUUAUGACCAGAGAGAAAAGAUACAAUUUAGUGCGAGCGAGAGUGAAAAAAUAGACAGCGUCUCACGAACCAGUCGACCGUCGAGAGAGAGAAAGGAAAAGCGAGCUAGGUCGUUUCCCUUGUACACAACAUUCCCUAUUACAAGAGAUAUUUGAUUUAAGAAUAAAAAUGAAGAAAACCACAAUACUAGACACCGCAAAAGAAGUUUCACUUCUUUCUCGUGUACCAAGUUGCACGCGCACAAUUUUGUUUUUGAGUCCUCUACAAUAAUGUUGUAACUCGAUAAAACAACAGAAGAUAAUGUGCUCUGUUAAAAACAUAAUGAUGUAUAAUUGCUCUUAUUAGAGUGGGUACAACCUUUGCAGUUCGCACCGUUAAUGAACACAGCCGAGCGCGGCUGUUGACCUUUUAUUGAGUUUUGUGCAGUUGACAUUGCGGACAUAUGCCCUAAAAUAUCCACAAUCAUCUAUCUGUAUAUGUACGGUGAAAAGAUAAGAAUAGAUAAGAUUAUGGUCAUUCAGAAUUCAAUUAUCAUUAAAGUAUUUAUACAAACAAUAAGAGUGACUAUUAAAAAAAACAAUAGAUUAAGAACCAAAAUGUUUAAGAUUAAUACCAUCGAUUUAAGGCUAUUCACGUGAUAGUGAUCAAACUUAAUUAGUUAAUUAAAAUGAAAAUCAAAUUAAUUGUAUUUCGGAUUAUAAUACGUCAAAUCCCUUUUAUCGCAAUAUCCACGUUGUCUAAUAUUAUCGUAUAUAUUUUUGAUAUAAUUCCAUAGUAAUAACAAGUGUUUUUGUUGAAGAAUCUAGAACAUAAAAAUAACGCAAAACAAAAUAAUUCUGUGUGAGAUGUGUGUGAUCCUCCUAAAUUAUUUUAAUUUCAACGUAGAAUUCAGAAAUUUAAAUACAUAAAAUUUAUAAAUUUUUCGUCAAGUUCACGCUCAAGUCACUAGUCGCAGUGAUGUCCGCAUGGGGGCUCGCAACGCCCGUGGUAUUGUCGUUGUUAAUAUUCAACUACGCUGUCCGUGGUACCAUCCAUCUGUCAUCUUAAGGAGUAAAAUAAUUAAAAUAAAACCGUUUAACUGUUUCUGAAGUUGGGUUGAAUUGAUCUUUAGUACACUAUUUUUAUUUUAUAAGUAUACAAAUAAUUGAAUUUAAAGUAAACCUUAUGAACAUACUGAAUCGAUUAAAUGAACAUUAUGAGAUGGUGGUGAGAUGGAGAUUGAGUUACAGAUAAUAGAUAAUAAGUUUGUGAAUUUCAACCUCAUAAUGCUACUUAUAUUUCAAUUAUAGUUGAAAUUUACAGCAAUCGCAAACGCUAUUCGUAAAUACGUAUGACCCUUAAAACACCAAGCGAUGAAAAUUAAUCUUAUGAAAUAAAAAAUUUAAUAAUUAUAAUUAUAUAUAAUAAUUAUACAUAUUUAUAUAGUACGAGACGAUGUUUCUGCGCUAUGUCUUAUGAAUUCUGUGCCUUUCGUGCUUCUAGUGAAGCUUUUGUGUUUGCGUAGAAUUUAAAAACGUUUUGAACAACAAUAUAAUGUGUUGAAAUAAUAUUGUUUGUACAUUUGUUUGUUAUCGAUGCAUUGCUAAGUAGGAAUUGUAUGGUUAUUAUCUCAAUUGGCUUAUACCGGAAUGCCGGAAGGUGAAAUAUGAAUAUCGCCAUAGGUCAAAAUUCGACAAAACUGUACCCAUAAUCACGUUUCCGUGUCUCAUACGUCAAAGAUCACCUGUCAGCUGUCAACAACUAACCAUCGUUGGAAUUUCGUCUUUUUGGCGGGAACGCGAGGAACGAAGUAGUUUGAAUAUUUUUAUUUUGUCUAUUUCGUGUUUCUUCAGGUUUAAAUAUAUAGUAACGGUGGUUUAUUAACUGCUUAGUAUCUGUGAAAGUGCACUAAUGAGGGAAAGUGAUACAAAGCCUCCGGACGUAACUUCUCGGGAUCCUCAAAAAAGUCCCUUGAAAAGUCUCAGUAAAUCUCAUUUCAUUUAAUAUCAUGCCAAUUGAUUAAGUUUCCUUCCUU